AUGAGCGGCCAUGAAACGGAGAGCCGUCAAAAGAGAAAAUCUGCGUUAUUUGAGAAGACAAAUAGUCUACAGAAGAAAGCCGCCUACAGCGAGCUCAAGGAUGGGAGAACUGUGGAGCACAUAUUAAGGGAACCCUGCUGGACAUUCAGUACCAGGAAACACCUAUUAGUUAAGGAUGUGCUGCGACCAAAGGAGAGUGCAUUCACCGAAGUGAGGAGGAGAAAGUCUGUAGAGAAAGUCAAAGAGGCAGAACGAGGCAGUAGUAGGAAGACUGGCUUGGACCAAGCUGCAGUCCAGUGUUCCCCUGGUGGCGCAUUCUCCUUUGUGUGGCCCAACAGCGUUGCUGGGGAACCCAAAAGUGCUUUCACCAAACCAGCCAAGUGCUGGGAAGAUGGAGGGGCUCUGGCUGUUUUUCAACCUCUGAAGGCUAUCAAGGAAGGAACCCCAAGAAAAUUGUCGGAAUGCAUCGCUGCCACUGACCUCAUGCCGUGCAGUGACCGCCUCGCUUCCGGGUUCCUGGCAAGCGAUUCAGGUGGUUUCCAGCUGCUGUCAACCAACCUCAUCCAGGGCAACCCGUCCGCUUUCUCCUCGGCCCCGUGGCCAAAGGAAGCAGGUGAGCAGACGCAGGCUGCUCCUGUUUCCAGCUGCAGCCUCUCCUCCUCCUCCUCCUCCGCGUCCUGGGCUCUGCUGCCUCCCACUUUCGCCCCUCUCGGUAUGGCGGCCCAGAACUGGUGUGCAAAGUGCAGCCUCUCCUUCCACAUGACAUCAGACCUUGUGCUGCACAUGCGCUCCCAUCACAAAAAGGUUGAGGGCUCAACAGAAUCGCAAAGGAAAAGGAGGCAGGAGGAAAAACUGUCCUGUCCUGUUUGCCAGGAGUAUUUUCGAGAAAGACAUCACUUGUCUCGGCACAUGACUUCGCACAACUAGCCUGCAGAUGUAAUGGAUGUCUACUUGUUGGAUGUGUUUAUGUGUGCAAACAUUGAUUGAAUUCCAUUGUGGCUUUACUGCAUUUAACCAGAAUCCGUGAAAGGCGGGCUUCUGUAGAAGCAUUCAGAAGAAAUGGCAUUACAUGAGCUUCAGAUAGCUCAAGUGCUGAAACUCUGCAAAUGCGGUUAUAAGGAAAUAAACAGUGACAUGUAGAGAGAAAAGUUUUGCUUUGUGCAGAUCCAUUUUUUUCACCCUAAACCCAGGAUGGCGAACCUAUGGCACGUCUGCCACAGAGGGCAAGCGGAGCCCUUUGUCAGGGCACGUG